AUGGGUAAUGCUGAUGAAUCUAUAUAUACAGUUAAUUUAAUUAAUAAUCAAACAACAACAAUACUGUUAGAUUUUUUGUUAUUAUUACUUUCACCAUUAGCAUAUGAUGAUAGUCCAUUACUUGAUUUAUUAUUCAAUACAAUUAUUAAACAAAAAUAUGAAGAUAAUCAUUCAUAUGUACACGAACAAAUUAAUACUACAUUAAAAAUGGAAUUAAGAGAAAUCGAAGGAAAUUAA